AUGGAACAGGCCUCGAACAUUGGUGACACUCGAAAGCUCUACCGUCUGAUCCGCCAAGUUAGCGGUAAGCCCUCUACACUGAGUGACUCUGUUUGCGAUGUGAACGGCGGCUUUAUUGCUGACAACUCGGCCAAAGUCGAGCGCUGGCGUGAGCACUUUGAGCACCAUCUCAACUUCGAUACCCAACCUACAUCGCCCUUGUUCUCCUCCUCAGCGGAGUUUCUUCCCUCUCCUACCUAUGCAGUGCCAUGCGAUCCCCCCUCCGAGGAAGAAGUCGCCGAUGCCAUACGAAAGUUGCGCAACAAUAAGGCACCCGGAGAGGACGGUAUACCCGCUGAAAUCUUUAAGUCUUGUGUCGACACUCUGGCGCCCUGGCUCCAUGAGGUGAUUAAACGCGCAUGGAGAGGCGAAGUUGUUCCUGAUGACUGGGGCUUAGGCAUCCUUGUACCUAUCCUCAAGAAGGGAGAUAAGACGAGAUGCGAGAACUACCGCGGCAUAAGUCUCAUCGACGUUGCUGCGAAGAUCUUCGCUAUUGUCCUACUCGGACGAUUCCAGGCUGUGUGUGACUCAAGGACGAGGCCCAACCAAGCCGGAUUUCUUGCUGGACGUGUAUGCGCAGAUAAGAUAUUCACACUGAGGCGCAUUCUCGAAUUUCGCCAUAGCUACCAACAACCGACGGCCGUCUGCUUCGUUGACUUUGCCGCCGCGUUCGAUUCCGUUCACCGUGAGUCCUGUGGCGGAUAA